CCUGUUUGUUCGGCUUUCGGCUUCUUUACUCAUGCACUUCUUCACCACCUUCGCUUUCUUCCCUACUCUUUUAACUACCUUCAGCAUCCUCGACCGGCUGGUCUUUAGCUUUGAUUUUGCUGCCGACUUUCUAGAUUGCUUACUGAACCCCUCUUUGUUGUUAUUGCUUGCUUUUGUUCAGCGCUUACCUACGUCUCGUCCAUGGCAACAUGGCCUUGAUAUAUUCCCCGGCCUCCACCUAUACGGCGCACACCAAGCUGAGAAGAGCUUCCAUCCUCGUUGUACCCUCCUGUAGCGAGACCACAAACUCUAGAUCAACAUUGCCGUUUUCCUUGUACCAUGCGGCGCCAUGUGGUGCGUUCGAACUCUCUGCGCCCCUUCGAGUCAAGGCUCGAGGCGGUGCGUGCUAGUUGAAGAAGGUCGAACUUAG